AGGGUACGAUGUGGCCACCCUUCCUUCUCUUCUCACUUCAAAUCCCUGUCUCUCCCUCUCAUCUUCUCUUCUUUCCCUUCUCCCUCUCCCUGAUCUCCAUGGAUAAAUUCUUAUUACCUCCAACCCAAAGCCCCACUGCAAGCAUCUCUUCAUCAUCAGUAACACCAAAUAAUGGACCAUCUCUGGACUUCAAUGUCAUCGUCAUCCUUGCUGCCAUGUUAUGUGCUCUAGUCUGUGCCCUUGGCCUCAAUUCCAUGCUUCAGUGUGUAGUUAGAGGCACCCAUCGUGCACUAACCCAACCUGUGGUGUGGGUUGCCUCUCGCCGCUUUAAUUCAGGACUCAAGAAGAAGGACAUGGUAGCACUCCCUACUUCAACAUAUGCAACAACCUCCGGUGGUGGCUCGCCAACCUCUACUUCCAAUUGUGCCAUUUGCCUUGUGGACUUCUCCGACGGUGACCGGAUUCGAGUACUACCCAAGUGUAAUCACCGGUUCCAUGUUGCUUGCAUCGAUACUUGGCUUCUCUCUCACUCAUCUUGCCCUACUUGCAGGCAUCAACUUAAGUAUAACAACUCCGAAAAGCUGGUCGAGAUAGUGACAUCUACAUGAACUUGUAUUACCUUUUAUGCAGAGAUGAUUACGAGUAGUUUUGAGCCUUCUCCAAAGAUGUGAUUGUGGCUUACUUCUCUAGUAAUUGUUGUUUUAUGUCU